AUGAGGGCAGAGCGCGAGAACUCGGAAGGGGCUCACAUUGGGUUACAAAAGGCACAAGUGGAAUUCCGUCACGCUUUGGGAAUCGAGGAGCAGUUUUGGAGUCAACAGACUCGUGUCAAAUGGCUCUCAAGUGGGGAUCGGAACUCUAAAUUCUUUUACGUGGCGGCUGGACAAAGAAGGAUGCAAGGUAUGAUUCAUAGAAUUAAAAUAGUGGAGGGAACUUGGGUAAAGGAUGAUGGGGACAUUGCCUCCGAGACUAUUCAGUUUUUCUCAGACUUGUAUUCCGAGUCUGUGUCACCCAGUUCUAAGUUGCUUCAGCUUAUCUCACCUAUACUUAUGCAGGAGGACAACCUGGCCCUGGAGGAUAUUCCUUCGAUGGAGGAAGCGAAACAUGUGAUACAUGCUAUGGAUAGGGACAGUACAGCGGGGCCAGAUGGCUUUACUGGUAAGUUCUUUACCUUUGCAUGGGAUAUUAUUGCCCAGGAUAUGUAUAAUGCUAUAGUGCUAUCGCGUAUCUUGUCUGAUAGAGUAGCAGCUUUGUUACCGAAAAUUAUCUUUCUCCAGCAGUCAGGGUUUGUCAGGGGCCGGAAUAUUACGGAGAAUUAUCUAUUAGCUCAGGAAGUUAUAGCAGGCAUUGGGAAAAAGUUGAGAGGGGAGAACGUAGUACUAAAGCUAGACAUGGCCAAGGCUUAUGACGGAGUUUCAUGGCUUCAUCUUACUAGGGUUUUGAGGAAGUUUGGCUUUGGCAAACACAUUAUUGAUAUGGUCUAG